AUGGCGUCUCUUACGCACUGGAACCGCUUGGUGAGAUACGUGUCAGCCAAAAAUGGCCAGGUACGAUAUGGCGAGCCAAUUAUUGAUAGUACGACGGAUAUCGACCAGCAGAUUGCAGCCGGAGCAGCAGUAAAGGUCCGAGUGCUCAAAGGUUCAAGUGCUCUAACAGCCGUGCCGACUGAUGAGGAAGACACAAUCCAGCAGCUGCUUGGGCCUCUCAGUCCGGCUGAAGUGCCCAUUGUGCGGUGCACGGGACUGAAUUACAAAAGUCAUAUCGCAGAGUCAGGCUUUGACUUCCCUGAGUACCCGACAUUGUUUCUGAAGCCUAAUCAGGCCAUCGCCGAUACACGAGAGGCAAUCCCAAUACCAAAGCUUGCCCAAAGCCACUGCGACUACGAAGGCGAGCUGACCAUUGUGAUUGGAAAAGAUGCAAAAAAUGUCUCAGAGGCCGAUGCAUUGGACUAUGUUGCGGGCUACGUCGUUGGUAAUGACAUUUCCUGUCGAGACUGGCAGCUAGACAAGGCAAAGGCCGGCAUGAUACAGCAAUGGUGUUUCUCCAAAUCUUUUGACAAGUACGCUCCAUUGGGUCCCGCGAUUGUCAGUACCAAAGUGCUCGGGGAUGCUUCCGGGUUACGUCUGAAGACCUAUGUCAACGAUGAGCUUAGGCAAGACUCUAACACUUCUGACCUCUUAUUCGGCGUACGGAAACUUGUCAGUUUCUUGAGCACGGGGCAAACUCUUGAAAAAGGUAGUCUGAUCAUGUCUGGCACACCUGGUGGAGUCGGUGCAGCAAUGAAACCGACACCCCAAUUCCUGACGAAUGGCGAUGAGGUUGUGGUAGAGAUUGAGGGCAUUGGAACACUGAGGAAUGUUAUACGGUUUGAGUAG